AUGUUGGACCACGUCUCAAUCUCCCAUCAGAACGGCCUCAUCCUUUGGUCUCGUUCAUUCACUCCAACCUUCGAAGCUCUAGCAAAGACAGCAGCAUCCCCAGUCAAUGCAUUGAUCAAGGAGGCAUUCAUCGACAGGAAGGCCAGGAAUGAGGACGAAGCGUUUGAGAAAGAUGGAUAUAGUGUCAGGUGGACAAUGGAGAAUGGCCUGGGAUUGGUCUUUGUGGUCGUCUUCCCCGCCCUUCUACCUCUAACAUAUAUACCGGAACUCCUUCAACGAACCAAACAACUUUUCAUUGCGCUGUUCCAACCUUAUCUUCAGUCCCUUAUCGACUCGCUCACAGCGGGAACUCUUGCGUUGUCGUCUGCAUCUACGACUGCACUGAGAGUGCUGGAACAGAAGAUCGACGAGGAACGAUGGGCUGCUAUAUUCGAUAGAUGUUUGAAGAGUCUGGAAGGUUCUCGAAAACCGACUCGAACUCCUGUCAACCUUCAUAGACAGGCUCAGCUGAAUGCCGCUUCGGAUGCAUCAACUCCAGCAUUGUCUGACAACGAAAAUACCCCAGUCACAGCCGAAGAAAUCGCCAAGAAUGUGCAAGCUCUGAAAAGUAAGAUGAAGGGCGGUAGAGCUAAAGGAAGCAGGGGUGGUAGAGGUGAAGGCCCCUCGCCAUCACCUUCGCCAUCCCGUAAAACUCCCAAUAACAAUAACGCUACGGCCAAAUUGAUGCGGAAAUGGGGAGAUUCAAAAGUCAGUGCAGAUGAUAUGGCUGCUUUGGAUUUCUCCGCUCCGGCCGAUACCAAUGCCCAGGUCGAUACCGAAGGCUUGGUGUCUAAUGAUGCCUUGGGCACGAGGAACUCUUCAGGUGCUUAUGAGGUUGCGGAUUGGGAUCAUAAACGGGGCAACGAAAGUGGCUUACCAAGCGAGGAGGAUAUCUUGUCCAGACGGACAGGUCAACUUGCUAUUACGCCCAAGACCGAUACCGAGGAGGACAGUACAGAGAGUAUUACAUGGAGUAAUAUGUUUUCAAGAUUGACUGGAAAGAAGACAUUGACUCAGGAGGAUUUGAAACCUGUUUUGGUUGAAAUGGAGAGACAUCUGAUGAGUAAGAAUGUAGCAAAGGAUAUAUCUGAGAAGAUGUGUGAGAGUGUUGGUGCGGCAUUGGUUGGAAAGAAGCUUGGGGGGUUGAAUAGUGUCAAAUCCGAAGUGCAGAAUGCUCUUUCAGUAUCAUUAACACGAGUUCUCACACCUAAAACAUCUACCGAUAUUUUGUUGGAGAUCCAGCGAAAGCGUCAAGCUUCAUCACUCGCUUCUCCCGACGCGCCACCAGAUCCUUACGCUCUCACAUUCGUCGGUGUGAACGGUGUUGGUAAAUCAACCAAUCUUUCCAAAGUUUGUUUCUGGUUAUUGCAAAACGGCCUUAGAGUUUUGAUCGCCGCGUGUGAUACAUUCAGAAGUGGUGCUGUAGAACAACUACGUGUCCAUGUUAGGAAUCUGGGUGCUUUAGGUCAAGAAAUGGGUAUAGAUGAAGGAGGAUCGAAGAAGAUUGAGUUGUUCGAAAGAGGUUAUGGGAAAGAUGCGGCUGGUAUUGCAAAGGAUGCUUUAUCGUAUGCCAAAGAAAACCGAUUUGACGUCGUUCUCAUCGACACUGCCGGUCGAAUGCAGGAUAAUGAACCGUUGAUGAGAGCCCUUGCGAAACUUGUUGCGGUGAAUAACCCUGACAAGAUCAUCUUUGUAGGAGAAGCAUUGGUCGGGAAUGAGGCGGUCGACCAGUUAAAAGAAGAGGGGAUCGAUGGGAUCAUCCUGACUAAGUUUGAUACUAUAGAUGAUAAAGUCGGAGCGGCCCUAUCAAUGACAUAUGUCACUGGUCAACCCAUCCUUUUCGUUGGCUGUGGACAGACGUACACGGAUUUGAGACAAUUAAAAGUAAAUCAUAUCGUACAAGCAUUGUUGUCAUAA